UAUCUUCCUUCCAUUCGCCCUUUGUUGCGGGGACAAUGGUAACAAUCAGCAUUCUGAUCGAUGGUGACCCCAAAUAGCGCCUAGCAGAGUAAAUUUGGACUCGGCGAGUCGCGGUCGCGGUCAGCAACACUUAGCCAACCGGCGAGUCUGAGAAUAAUCACAGAUACAUUUAGAUCCUUCCAUGGAGUUCUGGAGCCAGAAAGAGCUUGGCCGGGUAAGAGUCAUGAUGACACUUUGGACAAAGCGGCAAAGGCUGCGGAGAGAUUAUUGUGAUGCCUAUAGACAAUGGAAAGACUCGGAAGGCCGCUUAAACUUGAAGGGCGUUGCACUCAUCGUUAGACAUUGCCACUCACCACCAUCAUCCACCAUGCCCACAGCAACAAGACUGCUCUAUCAACAUCUUAUGGAAGUCGACAGUGGACAGCUGUCGGCCCAUAUUAUAUCUGAAUCCAACUUAAUCGAAGAGCAACAUCAGAACGAGGGACGUGCCCUUGGCCUUGCUGGCGGAUUUGCGCCCACUGGAGAGCUCGCGAUGCUUGCAAUCGCCGACACGUCCACUAUUAUCAUUAUCGAGUUCGAGUUGAAGAAGAAAAAGAGGAACGCACGCGAUAAACGCCCUGUCACACUCGCCAGUGAGAGCGGCAACACUGCCGCUCGGGAGUUUUUGACACAGAACCUCCUUCGUCGCACAACCGGAUUCUUAUACGCUUUCGAUGUCGCUUCGAUCGCUCUGGCUCUAUUUCAAACGCUUGAUCUUCGAAUCGCAAAUGCGAUUGAUAUACAGAGCGUAUCAAAAACACGUGUCCCGCUCACCAUUGUUAAACAGGCCGUUGGUGAUCUUCAUUGUGUACACGAUGUAAACAUCAACAAGAUAUUCUGCGAUGAUACUAUCAAUCAUCUGCCUGUGGCCCCUGCCGCUAAUAAUGGCAUUACUCCACUAGCACUACGUGCAUGGAUCGCGCACUGUCUAUCGCAACUUUCAAGCAUGGAAGAUCGCCUCGCGCAAGUGCCCCCGGUAGACACCUUCCGGCUCUCUGACGAGAACAGAAUUCGCAACAACCACCAUCAGGCAUGUACUAGUCCGCAUCAUGCAUUCAUUGAUAUUGGCGGGCGCGAUGGGCGGGGCUUCACUGUCAACGGGAAGGUUGGUAUUCCUCAGGGUCGCACCGCCAAACUUGCUACCACCAACAGUCUCAGUUUAGCUAGCAAGAGCAUCGGCUCGAUCAAGAUUGUCGGUCGUGAAGACCCUACUCAGGCUGAGAGCCAGCGUGCUCAAAAGGUUCUAGAGAUCCUCCAAGGUCUCAUCAACCUCGAGCACGACAACCCAUGGGUUCAGCUCAUAUUCUUUUCCUCUCCCAGGGACGACUUCCAAUGGCCCCCUGCCUGGACGGAGGAGGCGAAUGAUGCGGAUAUUGUCAGAUACCGUGCCAACCGUGUCAGUCGCCCCCUCAAUCCAUCUCAGACGAAAGCUGUGGAGCAAAUGCUCCAGCAGUCAAAUGACAAGCGUCUUACUGUCAUCCAGGGGCCCCCUGGAACCGGUAAGACCACUGUCAUCGCUUCGUUUGUUCAGACUGCCCUUGCCGGUGGACUCUCUGGUAUCUGGCUCAUUGCUCAGUCCAAUGUUGCUGUCAAGAACAUUGCCGAGAAACUUGCUGACUUUGGCCUGACCAAUUGGAAGCUUCUCGUCUCAAAGGACUUUUUUGAAUACUGGCACGAGCACCUCUAUGCCAACAUUCGGGCCAAUAUCAUCAUAUCGGAGGACUUCAAGGCGCCAAAUUUUGGCCAGGAGCUCCGGAACAGCCCGGUUAUUCUCUGUACCCUCUCUAUGCUUUCGUCUUUUGCUCUUCGCAUGCAUGGAGGUUUUAAAGCCGCACCACUUAGGACCCUCGUCAUCGACGAAGCAUCCCAAAUUGAGAUCGGUGACUACAUACCUCUCUUCACCUCUCACACCUCCAUCCGAAAGGUUUGCUUCAUUGGUGAUGACAAACAAUUGCCACCCUAUGGUCAGGAUGAUAUCCAGGACCUCAAGAGCAUCUUCGAGGUCAAGCAUAUCAAGGACCGUGCCAUUUUCCUAGAUACCCAAUACAGGAUGCCGCCUCGAAUUGGACAGUUCAUAUCUACAUUUGUGUAUGAUGGCCUACUCGAGUCAAAUCCGCAACAUUCCGUCACGAACGAGAGGAUGGCUUGUCAUUUUAUUAACAUUCCCAGCCAGGAACAGUCACAUAGGACUAGUUGGAAGAACGUUGAAGAGUGCCAAACCAUUCUCCACAUCGCUACCAUGCUGCAAGCAAAGAACAAGCAAUUCCGCAUCAUUACCCCCUACGACGCUCAGCGAAGUUUGAUCGAGGAGUGUUUAAAGCUCAAUGAGCUUGAUUGGGAGGACAAAU